GUAUUAUUGUUUUCAGGACAUUGACUUGUGACAAAAGGAUGCCUGGAUCACUUGGCUACGAGGAACAUGAUGCCAACACCUUUGCUUCAUGGGCUUAUUUCAAUGCACCUGACGGAGACGAGCCUCUGGCUUUGGACAUGGGGAGUAUGGGAAAAGGUCAAGUAUGGAUUAAUGGUCAGAGCAUUGGAAGAUAUUGGACAGCGUUCGCAACUGGUAAUUGCAAUGGACAUGGGGAGUAUGGGAAAAGGUCUCUUUGCUUGAUCAAGCACAAGGCUGAUGCUUGGUGAAAAGAACGAUCAAGCACAAGGCUAAUGCUUCAAAACCAUAUAUAUUCCUUCAAGUUUUAGGAUUUUUUUGGAUUCCUUCAUUGAUUUUCCUUUUAAUUUUUGUUCAAUUACUUAUUGGUUUUCAAUGGAUGGAUGUUUAAAACUUGUCUCAAUUAAUGUUUUGAAUGGAA